CACCACUUUCCAGAUUUCACAGAAGCCACCUAACUCAAAGCAGGCUGCCAUGACCAGCCAGUCUCAGGGGAUCCACCAGCUCCUUCAGGCAGAAAAAAGGGCCAAGGACAAGCUAGAGGAAGCCAAGAAGAGAAAAGAGAAGCGAUUGAAGCAAGCUAAAGAAGAAGCUAUGGCAGAAAUUGACCAGUACAGAAUGCAGAGAGAGAAGGAGUUUAGACUGAAACAAUCUAAGGUAAUGGGCUCUCAAAGUAAUCUCUCCGAAGAAAUAGAAGAGCAAACACAAGGGAAGAUAAAAGAACUGAGUGGAAGCUACAACAAGUACAUGGAAAGUGUGUUGAAACAGCUUUUGAACAUUGUUUGUGAUGUGAAGCCAGAAAUCCAUGUAAACUACAGAGCCACCAACUAAAUGUGCACCCUACUGUUCAAUAAAUGGUAUAUGCAUGCCACCUGGUUAAGAAA